AUGUUGUUUAAACUAUUUAUUGUUACAGCUUGGAUUUUAGGGUGGUUUAUGUGCAAAACUGUACCAUACAUCCAAGGCGUUUCUGUGGCUGCAUCUGUCUACAGUUUGGUGGCUGUUUCGUUAGAUCGAUUUAUUGCAAUUUGGUGGCCACUUAAGUGCCAGAUAACAAAACGACGAGCUCGCAUUCUGAUAGUAAUGAUCUGGCUUAUUGCACUGACUGCAACAUCACCCUGGCUGAUUUUCUUUGAUCUUGUACCUAUCUACAAAGACGAUCCUGAGCUAAAACUCUGCAUUGAGGUGUGGCCACGAAAAGAAGAUGGCAACUUUUUUUUUCUUAUCGGUAAUCUACUACUGUGCUACGUUCUCCCUAUGAUCCUCAUCUCUCUAUGCUACAUACUCAUCUGGAUAAAAGUCUGGCGACGUAAUAUACCAAGUGAUACAAAGGAUGAUCAGAUGGAGCGCCUCCAACAGAAGUCUAAGGUCAAAGUUGUCAAGAUGCUUAUUGUCGUUGUCAUCCUUUUUGUUCUCUCAUGGCUGCCACUCUACGUUAUUUUUGCGCGCAUCAAGCUUGGUGGAAAAAUUACGGACUGGGAAGAGGAGCUACUACCAAUCGCAACACCGAUAGCCCAGUGGCUGGGCUCUAGCAACUCUUGUAUCAACCCAAUCUUAUACGCAUUCUUUAAUAAGAAGUACCGGCGUGGCUUUAUGGCUAUCCUUAAGUCUGGCGAGUGCUGCAGUAAGCUCCACUACUAUGAGACUGUUGCCAUGAUGUCCUCGUCAACGUCAAUGCGCAAGUCCUCCUACUACGUCAACAACAACUCAUCAAAGCGAGGAUUUCAUGGCCCACCUGUCCACCAAGACAGCAACGUCUCUUAUAUUUUCAACCACAAAAGCGUGUAGGAUCUAAGGCCGUUGCAAAGGCACCGUAAACCAUGAACACGCUCCAGCCAGUACAUCUCUCUGUUCCUCUUUGUCCCGUCUUAUCUUUAUCCCUUUUUUCUCGAAGUCUCGAGACUUACCUGUGCAAUACCUACUCUGCUGAGCCAGAGAUAAUUGGGCUGGCUGCUGUGUAUACGUGGCAUUGACCAACGGCUGUUGAUUGCCGUAUCCUUUGUACGAUAAUAUACGAUUAGAUGUGGCUACUCUUUUCUCGUUGACGUGGUAGGCCUUGCGUAGAAUCGAAAUGUC